CUUUUUAAUAAUCAUUAAUUGAAUAAACGUGGGUUGAAAAGCGAUCAGUUCAUAAAAAAAACAAAAAAAGGUUUUAAUGUUUUUGAUGUAAUUGAUUUGGUAGAGUUAAAAUAAGUGCUGGUCCUGUUUUAAAUCUACUCAAUGGCCUCCAAAAGCAGUUCGCCUAAACGGCCGAGAAUUAACCAAGAAGCUGAUGAACAACCUUAUUUGUUAACUGGGAAUCAGAAGUUUACGUUGGAGAAUUGCGAGUUCACAAUAGGAAGAGAUCUCUCCAACAACCACGUAAUACCUGAUGUAGUCGUAUCAAGAUAUCAUUGCAUCAUAGAACAUGACAAACCAAAAGAUCAAUGGACCGUCAAAGACAUAAGUACGGGGGGCACAUACGUGAACGAUGUUCUACUUAAAAAGAACACUCCGCAAUUGCUUCAAAAUGGUGACAAAGUGCGAAUUCCUGAAAACUACAUCUACGAAUUCUUCAAACCUAAAACCAGCAAAAAGAAAGCUGAAAAGAAAAAGAGGAGUGCUGCUAGUUUAGAUGAAACAGUUGUCGAGAAAGAGAACAAUUCAUCACCAAGAAGUAAAAAAUUUCACCAGGAUUGUGAGGAGGAAACGACUUGUGCAAUUUGUAAUGAGAUGUUUGUAAAAACAAUUGCAUUGAAUUGUUCUCAUGCCUUCUGCAAAUCCUGCAUCGUCCGAUGGAAGCAGACUAAGAAGAUUUGUCCUAUUUGCAGGACCAAAAUUACUGCAGAAGUCCCCUUGUUGCUUGUGGAUAAUAUUAUUAAUUCGUUUUAUGCAAAUGGGUCUGAUGAAAAUAAACGGACUAGAGAACAAUUGAUAAAGGAUAGAAUUGAAAUAGAGAAAUCUUUAGAGCCCAAAAAGAAACCCUCCAGAUCCGGUAGUACAAAUAGACGUAGACGGACAAGAGUUUAUGCAAGAACCGCUCCUAGGACAACUACUUCUACUACUAGCUACGUCUCGUCAAAUUCAAUUAUUGUUGUUGAUGAUGAUUCUGACACCAGCAUCAUCUCUUCAGAUGACGAAUUAAAUUCUGAACUCAACGCAAUUUAUGCAGCUAUGGAACUUCGUUUCCCGGCAUCUUUUAUGCAUUAAGAAAAACCAAAGUGAGUGGUUAGAUUAUUUACAUAAAUCUCGACGAAUGAUAUGGUUCAAGUAU